AUGUUUUUAAAAAUUGUUCAUUUAUGUCUAAAACAGGUUUUGACUAGCUUAGCCUAACGUGUGUUGCCAUGGAAACGGACGCGUCACUGCUCCGGGCCGAGCUGCAGGAAGAGGAGGAGCUUCAACAUCUGCUGCAGAGCGUGGGGAAAACCCAGACGGAUAACCUGCCCUCUAAAGUCAUCCGCCCACAGCCAGGUCUGUGUGUGAAGACUUUCACACUACCAGAUAAACAGAAGGUGUUUGUGAAUAUCUGUCAAUCAGCUGAUGUUCCGCCUCCUCCACCCGUUUCCCAUGAUGCAUUGGUGGAGCUGCUGGAGUCAGAUGAUCCUACAGGAUAUAAAGUUCCCAUGAGUCUUGGCGAGGCGCACGCUGAGAUGGACAACAGUUCAAACAGCUGCACAGUUUAUGAUGUCGUCAUUAAUGAGGAGUUCUUCCAGAAGUGUCAGAAGGAUUCAUUAUUCCAGCAGUUUGUGAUCGCAGUAUCACUGGAGGGACUGGAGAAUAAAUACAAGCUACAAUUAAAUAGAGACAUAAAGAUUUUGAAAAACAGGAAGUUCAUGGGCUCACUGACAGAGCAGAACAUCCGCACCAAAAGCAAACCUAUCAUUCAGGAGAUCAGCUCUCAGGAGACUCAGUCACAGCUGGUCACAGUAAGGAGGCCGAAGGUCUGUUUAGUGGUGGAGCCCCCUGUUGGUCAGGUGGAGUAUUUGAUUGCGGAGGUGCAGCUGCCUGGUGUGUUGUCUGUCCGGUCUUUGGUGCUGGAUUUAGGAGAGGACCGGUUGGUGCUGCACGCUCGUCCCUCUCUCUAUUACCUGGACAUUUUCCUGCCAUUUCUCAUCGAUCAGGAGAACAGCGGAGCUCAGUACAACACUGACACACAGGUCCUCACAGUGACCAUGCCUGUAAUCUCGUCCUAAACUGACGCCUUGUUUAUUUCCAAUAAAGCAUUUCUAUUUUGUAUGA